AUGCUUGCCCCCGUCUCUGUGCUGGCGAAUUUUGCGAGUCAGAUCCUAUCUAUUCUCGCCUCACCCGCCCCCGUGCAGCAGCCACUCGCUGCCCCGGCACUGCAGGCCAUCGCCGGUUCUAUGAUGUACAAGUGCGCGCACCGCGGCGGAAGAGGCAACACGGUCGAGAACAGUCUUCCGAGCUUCGCUUGGGGUCUCAUCGAUGGUGCUGCCACCCUCGAGCUAGACAACGGUAUCACCAAAGAGGCCAUGUCGUGGUCUGGCACGACGAGAACAUUGUCCCGGAGAAGUGCGUUGACACUGUGCCUGCCGUACGUCGCCCAGCUACUUUUCCCGAAUGACCCCGACUUCCCAUACGUCGGGAAGUACAUCGCGAACCUCACGCUCGCGCAGCUCAAGACGCUCGACUGUGGCUCGAAGCGGCAGGACGGCUAUCCAAUGCAAUUGACGUACCCGGGUACACGCAUAUCGACGAUGCAGGAGGUGUUCGACUUUGUCGACUGCGCGGAUCCGGAGCACAAGAUCUUGCGUGGAGGAUUCGUGAAGAGGCAGCAUGCGCUGUUCUCUGCGAGCGCGUACGCGUCUCAAAUUACCUACCAGAGCUUCGACUGGAGGACACUGAUUGCCAUGAAGGCGCUGGAUCCCGAGAUUCCAACCUCAGCGCUCAUUGACGACGACACUGCGUGGAUGCCGGACAACAGCACGACCCCGUGGCUAGCUGGCUUGAGACUCGAUUCUUUCCCCGGUCCCACCAUCGGACAUCGGGUUGCCCAGGCCGCUCGCUCGAUAGACGCGGAUAUACUGUCGCCGUCGGCGAGGUCUUUCUUCAGCCCCGCAUUGGAUCCGGCGAUGGAGGACUACGCAACCUUCACCACGAAGGAGAUGGUCGACGAAGCGCACAAGCUCGAUAUCAGUGUGAAAGUAUGGACGGUGAACCGCUUGAACAUCGUCGAGCAGAUGCUUGCCUGGAAGGUCGAUGGUAUUAUCACAGACUAUCCCGACGUCGUUCGACGUUUGACUAAGCAGUACGGAUACCCGUCUGCACCCACAUAUCCUAAGCACCGGUAUUGUCGUGUUUGA